CAGCUCCUGGAGAUGGCGCAGAGAGGAGACGCAGAGGGUGUGCGUAGACUAGCAGAAGGUGGCGUGGACUUGGAGGCGGUGAGCUCAUUGCCGGGCCAGACAGGGCUUCGAGCGCUGCACUUGGCCUGUAUUGCAGGCCACGCCCGCACAGUGCAAGAGCUCGUCAGAGGCGGCGCUGAUAUCAACGCUAGAUCAACAGAAGGGCUCUGUGCCAUCCACUACGCCGCCUCAGGAGGCCACAACGAGAUUAUAGGGAUUCUGGCAGCGGCAAAGUGCGACGCGAAUGCAGUGACGAGCGAAGGCGACUCCGCCCUCCACUGGGCAGUGCACAACAGUAACCUAUCGACCGUGAAAUGCCUCAUCAGAAGCGGAGUGGACUUCGCUCGCGGCAACAGGGGAGGCCUCACCCCCUUGGAUAUCGCAGCGGAAGUUCGGAAAGCAGACAUAGCAAGUCACUUGGUGGAGGUGAGUUCCUUCAUGGCCUGAGGUUCCACUGUUUGUGAGUGGCUGCGCUUGGUGCUUGCCUUCUGGUAUUCUUUGUGCACUGGCGGUAUGAGUAUGCGCAUGCAUUUCAGUGUGUGUGCACACAGACACGCACACGCACA